AUGAGUAAUCCGUAUGCGAAACAAGAUGGUGGUUAUCAAUCUUACAACACAAAUCAGUAUCAGCCUCCAACAAAUCCUCCACAACCUCAAGAUUCUUAUGAAAUGAGUACUUAUUCAAACACUUAUGGUAGUAAUAAUUUAUCCGGUAAACAAUAUGGUGAAGAUGAUUUUGUACAAUUUAUGAAUGAAAUUCAAGAUAUAAAUUCUCAAUUGGAUAAUUAUUCUAAUUUAAUUAAUUUAAUUGAUAAUAAACAAAAAAAUUUUUUACAUGGUAUUGAUUUAAAUGACGAAGAAACUGAAUAUGAUUCAAAUCAAAUUGAAAAUUUAGUUAAUGAAGCUCAAAGUUUACAAUUGGAUUUAAAGCUGAGAAUUAAAAAUGUUCAAACUCAAGCUAUACAUUCAAAAGAUCAAACAAAAGUUGAUCAAGCUGAAACUGCAAGAAAAAGAUUUUUAGAUUUAAUUCAAGAUUAUAGAUUAGUUGAAGCUAAAAAUAAAGAAUCAACAAAACAACAAGCUGCAAGACAAUAUCAAAUUAUAAAACCAGAUGCAACACAAGAAGAAAUUAAAGCUGUUGUUGAAGAUGGACUGCAACAAUAUUUCCAACAAGCUUUAAUGCAAUCUAAUAGAAGAGGUGAAGCAAGAUCAGUAUUAAAUGAAGUCCAAAUAAGACAUCGUGAAUUAUUAAAAUUAGAAAAAACAAUGGCUGAAUUAACUCAAUUGUUUCAUGAUAUGGAAGAAUUAGUUAUUGAACAAGAUCAACCAAUUCAACAAAUUGAAGAACAAACUGGUACUGCUCAGCAUGAUAUUGAACAAGGUGUUGGUCAUACAAAUAAAGCUGUUAAAUCUGCAAAAUCUGCAAGAAAAAAGAAAUUAUGGUGUUUAGCAAUUGUUAUAAUAUGUAUUAUUAUUGUUGUUGUUAUUAUAGCUGCUUAUUUUGGAUCUAAAAAUUAG